GGAAGGGAAAACGGCGAUUCGGGUGUAAUAAAGCGCGGCGGGGCGGGUUUCCACUCUGCAGGAGAAUUAAAGUCCUUUCUUUCAAUUGCAAGAUGGAACAAACUCAGUUGCUGGAGUGGGAUGGAGAAAGCGACUCCCAGGACAGGUCUGAUGGUGCAGGGGAGACCCCUAAGCCGGUGGGGCGCCUGCAUCUGCUGAGCAGCAAGUACGGCCCCGAGAAAGAUUUCUGGAUCUACCCUGGCGAGAACACCAUUGGCCGCUUGGAAAGCUGUCAUGUCUGUUUGCCUGCUAAUUCUGUUUCCAAAACGCACGCGAUGAUCGAGGUGCUCUCUGCCAAGGGGCCCCACCUUUUGUACGAUCAGGGCAGCUUGAACCGCACUCGGCGCCAGCGGAUUACUUUGAUCCCUCAGGUCCGGUACAGCCUCCAGGAUGGAGACACCUUGCUCUUUGCGGACAUGGGAUGCCAGUACUUCAUCCUGGUCCCGGAUACCGAUUGCAACUCCCCCAAUGACUCCAUGGCGGUGCCACCGACCCAGGAAAGAGUAGAGGCCAGUGCGCUAGCCAUUGAGGAAACACCUGCACCUGGCAGGAGAAUAGGUUGUGGGCAAGUUCUGGUCCAGGACUCCGACAAGGAAGAGGAAGGGGAGGAAGUGAUCAAUGGGAGAGGAAGCUACCUGCACCACGCCUCAAAAGAGGAGUCUGUUUGUUCUAACAAGAACGGCACAGGAGAAGGACAAGCGAGUUUGGCUUCCUUUGGUGUAUUUUCUCCUUCAACUACAGUGGUGCCUGAAAGCGAUGAUGAAAACGGAGACUCUUCAGUCGUUGGCCCGCCCUGCCCUGCUCUGCGCCUUUCCUUUGAGAGCCAAGAUGCUGGACGGACCCCCAUAGAAAAUGGUGGCAGUGGUCCUUCCUCCAACAGAGAAGACUGUGGAGAGACCACAACUAAAGAGGGGGGAGCUUCUGCAGAACAUGGCCUGGUGGAAGGCUUUCAUUUGGACAGCGAUACAGAUGUAGAGGAUGAAAACCAAAUGGAUUGCAUCUCUGAAGCACCUGCAAAAAGGGACAGGGGCCCAGAAGUGGACCCUGACUCUAACCUGAAUGAGUCUUCAGUGGUGGCUCCAGCUUCCUGUUGUCCCCAAACCUCAAUGGAGCUGGGCAGUGAUACGGAUGCGGAGGAGACCGUCGAAAGCCCAGCUGUCUUCAGAUUGAAGCUCCCCUCUAAUUCUAUGGAAAAAGAAGACGUCGACACCGACGUGGAAGCAGAAGUGGAAAAUCCAAGCGUUGUUUGUCCAAGAAAACAUGAGCCUGUUCUCCCAAAAGAAGGUGACUGCAAACGGUUGGAAGACAAUGAGGACAAUGUCCAACUUGGUGGGAGAAAGGAUGAUGAUAAUACAGAUGUGGAGGAAGAUUUGGAUAAUCCAGGAAGCGGUGUGAAUGCCCCGCUUCCAGCUGCGCAUGAAGAUGUUGACACAGAUGUGGAAGACUCAUCUGCCAAGGGAGAGACUCCAGGUAGCACCAACAGCCGUGGAGUUGGUAGACACAGUAAUGGUGAAGAUGUUGACACAGAUGUGGAAGACUCAUCUGCCAAGGGAGAGACUCCAGGUAGCACCAACAGCCGUGGAGUUGGUGGACACCGUGAUACCAAGGAGGAAGCGAUUCAACCCCGGCUGGAGAAUUCAGAAGAUACUUGUCCUCAGAGGUCUUAUUCUUCAAGUGGUAAGGAGAGCAGCACAGGCAAGAAAAAGGUCCCCCUCAAGAGGAUGGUGCCAGAGGGCCAUAGUGUCGGUGAGAGACACAGUGGUGUGGUUGGGUUGACAAAAAACUCUGAUGUUGAACUUGAGACGAGUUAUGAAGUUGGUGACAAAUCUCCUGGGGACUUCGACGAGAAGGAGCCCUCGACGAAUCUUGCACAACACAACCUGCCCAUACUCUUUCUAGGUAGUGAUACAGAUGAGGAAGAGGAGGCAGGUAAUCCAGAUGUGGAAUCCAAGAGGCAGCAAGUCUCCGGCGGAGAGUCCAGCAAAGGAAGCAGAGCGAGCCGUUUGCGGGAUCCAGAUAUUGGAUCUCAGGGGAAACCUUCAUCUGUACAAGACAAGGGCAGCGAUACGGAUGCUGAAGGGACAUCCAUGGGUCGCGAUAAAUCCACGGCUCAAGACAGUGAUACAGACACAGAAGACGUUGCUGCAUCUUCACUAAGAAAACCCCUAGAAAAGAAAAGCUCUCGGUUAAUCAUCCCAGUGACGUCUGAGGCGGAAGGAGAGAAGUUGGCUUCUUCUGCCGUGGGAAUUGGAGUGUCCUUCAAAUCUCGUGAAGACAAUGAAGACACAGAUGCAGAGGGAGGGGAAUCCUAUUCAGCAGACGAGAGCAGCACCGAUGAUGAGCUUGAUGUGUCCUUGCAAGCGACACAGUGUUACCUGCCAACUGAAACCACACCCCCUGGACUUGAAAAAGCUGGAGGUAUCGCAGCUACAGUAACCAGCUCACCUUUGAAAGACAACACCUCUGACCAAGAAGACGACAUGCUGGAAGCUACCCAGCCAUACUGUGAGGCGUCUGAGCAAGUCUCAGCAGAGCCCCGUGAGGCCUUGGCUGGCAAAGAGAAGGCGGACCCAGAACGGCUUAUCCAGAACCAACCCGAAGGGGACAAAUGUUUUGAGCAGGCGCCUCAGCCUGACCUCCCAGCUGCAGCCUCUCUAGGAGAAGAAACCACCUCCAGUCUUCCAGGAGACAACCCUCUGCCUCAGGUGGUGGAGUUUCCCUCUCUGCAGUCCUCCUUGCAGACACCAGAGGGCGCCCCUGAAGAGGAAGCUCAAAUCCCCCUUGUGGUCAGCAAGGGGUCCUUGACUUCACAGGAAAAGAAAAGGGUGGAGGUCCCGAGACAGAGUGAGGCAACUCCUGUGGAUGACCGGGUGGCAGAAAACUCGGAAUUAGUAAGAAAAAUAAAGAAACCUAAGAAGGUGUUGGUGCCAACCCAGGAGGAUCCAGCUUCAGCAACGCCCCCUGCCCGUGAGCUGCGGCGCCGUCUGCGAUCUUCAACCGCUUCCGCUUCACCCACCCCUGUCCCAGAAAGACGAAGCCUCCGCUCUCACGGGUCUGGGGCCGUGGUGGCAUCCAGCACCCCGGCUGCCCCAGAGACCAGGUGUAGGCAGCUCAGCAACACAAGUCAGCGAGCGAGGGGGGUAAAGGAGAGCCCAGAAGAGCCCGGAGAAGAGGUGCCCAGGAAGAAGGCCAGGAGUGGAGACCCCACCGCUGCUCCCAUCCCUCAAGGUCGAACGAGGGGCUCCCAGAAGGAAUCCAGGGCUGCCAGCAAAGUUACAGAAGUAGCAAAAGCCAUCUCUGGCAGCCCUGGGCCCAGGGAGCCCACAAAACGGGCCAGGAAGGCUCCUGCUCCUGGGCUAGAAGGGCAGGCGGAGCGCCGAAACACUCGGGCCAGCAAGCACUCCAGUAGCAGCGCUUCCGUGAGCACCCCAAGCCCAAAGGAUUCUGGGAAAGGUGCCAAGCCUGGGCAGGAAUCCGUCUUCACUCCGUCUUCAGGAAGGAGGUUGCGGUGUCACAGCCCAGAGAGCAAAGCAACAAGUCCAAAGGCUUCAUCGUACAGUCACACCCGGCGCGCCACUGGACCUGGCAGCCCUGCCCCCAAGGUGCUGUUUACAGGUGUGAUUGAUGAGGAAGGAGAGCGUGUAGUGGCCGAGUUGGGGGGUUCUCUGGCAGAAUCCGUCUUUGACUGCACUCACCUUGUGACGGACCGCGUACGUCGCACCGUCAAGUUUUUGUGUGCCCUGGCUCGGGGAAUCCCCAUUGUGACGCUCGAUUGGCUGGAGAAGAGUAGACGGAAUGCUUUUUUUCUGGCACCAAACAACUUUCUCGUUCGGGACCCUGAGCAGGAGAAGAAUUUGCGCUUCAGCCUCUUCGCCUCACUGCAGAAAGUGCAGCAGAAGGGACCCCUGUUUCAGGGCUACGAGAUUCAUGUCACUCCUAACGUGAAGCCAGAACCGGAAUACAUGAAAGACAUUAUUAAAUGCAGCGGUGGAACCGUAUUAGCAAGAAUGCCGCGGGCCUUUAAGGAGAAACGUGUUGUCGUGUCCUGCCCCGAGGACCUGUCGCGCUGCAAGCCAGCUCAGGAGGCAGGAGUCCCCAUCACCAACGCGGAGUUCCUCCUGACGGGUAUUCUUCAGCAGGCGGUGAACUUGGAGGCUCACCGCCUGGAUGGAAGUGGGGGUCUGUCUCCUGCUUCCAGCCCCCUUGUUCCCUCUACCAGGAGCGGCAAGAAGCGGGCAGCAGCCACACGGACGGCCCCAGCUCCCGCCAGCACAGCCAAGAGACGACGCUGAUUCCCCCCCGCUGUCCAGGGCAGCACUGCCUUAGCAUUGUACAUAUGGGUUUUUUUUUUUCUCUUUAAUAUACCUCUGCCAAUAAAAGGGGUAUGAAAAGACUUGAUGGUUUUGGAAUGGGGCCUUAGCAGUUGGAUUGAAGGAGGGAAAAAAAUCCUUUCUCCACCAGGUGUGGUUUAAUAUUUUUUAGAAAUUUUGAUUUAAACCGGGGGUGGUGGGGGGAAGGCACAUCCAACCCUAGCAGCUUUCAGACCUGUAGACUUCCAACUCCUAGGAUUCUCUAGCCAGCCAUGCUGGCUGGGGAAUUCUGGGAAUUGAUGUCCACAGGUCUUAAAAUAACCAAGAUUGGACAUCCUUGAUUUAAAUGAUUUAAUUUCAGAAAUUUAAAUGUAAUGGACUUAUGAAGAGUUUAGGCAUCAGUGCCUUCUGAUUUACAAUUAUAGCAACCAAAAGGUAGCCUUCCACCUCUCUUUUUCUGUUAGGGUGACCCGAUGGAAUCAUAAUAAUGCCAAAAUAAACAAAUGUGCCCUUAAAAAAAAUGGCCAGUUAGCUUGAAAGCUGCUAGUUUUGAAACAGCCUGUCGAAGAUUGAAUUCCAAAAAAAUGGGCAGAACUGGGGAGCAAUGCCUAAAAAAACAAACACAGAAGUUAUUUUUUUUUAUUAAAAAAGUGUUAUUU